CGACUGACUCGCCGUUAUACGAUUACACCGUCACUGUGCGAACGGCUUUAGAUCGUGAACAUAGGAAGGGCUAUACCUCUUUAUUAUUGAACGUUUAUUCAAGUGGUCACACAGACCAUAUUAAAGACAAUCUCGGCACAUCUAAUUCAAAAGUAGCCACUUCUUCGCAGGGUUUAACUGUCAAACGAGUCAAUCUUUAUUACACAGCUACAGAUUUAAAUUCUGCAUACUAUUUCUGA